ACUUCCGCCCAGCCCCUCCCCCGCCUACCUCGCGUGGCCACCUCCCCCUCUGCCUUCUCCUACCCAGUCUGUUCCCCAACUCUCCCCACCCCUCGUGCUCUCCGCCCCACUUGCCUCCCGUUCUUCCCCGCCCGCUCCAUCCGGGUCGCUGACGGCUGUCUCUGGACUGGACAGCAGUGGCGUCCGCUUUUCUCUAAGGAACCGGAUAAGAACUCCAUUUUCUGUUGAUGUGGAGACAUAGGGUACCUCCAACUUUCCGGGGUUUCAGAAGAGAAUUUUUUAUUGAAACUGGAAGACCAAAAUAAUUACAAGCAUGUUGUGCUGGGGAAAUGCAUCCUUUGGACAGCUAGGUUUGGGUGGAAUUGAUGAAGAAAUUGUCCUAGAGCCCAGAAAAAGUGACUUCUUUAUAAAUAAAAAGGUCCGAGAUGUAGGAUGUGGACUCAGACAUACUGUGUUUGUUCUGGAUGAUGGAACAGUGUACACAUGUGGAUGUAAUGAUCUAGGACAGCUAGGUCAUGAAAAAUCCAGAAAGAAACCAGAGCAGGUUGUUGCCCUGGAUGCCCAAAAUAUCGUAGCUGUUUCAUGUGGAGAAGCUCAUACGUUAGCGCUAAAUGACAAAGGCCAGGUGUAUGCUUGGGGUCUCGAUUCUGAUGGACAGCUUGGCCUGCUAGGAUCAGAGGAAUGCAUCAGAGUACCCAGAAAUAUUAAAAGUUUGUCAGAUAUCCAGAUUGUACAAGUUGCUUGUGGUUACUAUCAUUCACUUGCACUUUCUAAAGCAAGUGAAGUCUUCUGUUGGGGACAGAAUAAAUAUGGCCAGUUGGGUUUAGGUACUGACUGUAAAAAGCAAACUUCACCGCAGCUGCUUAAGUCUUUGGUUGGAAUCCCUUUCAUGCAAGUUGCAGCAGGAGGAGCCCAUAGUUUUGUACUCACCCUUUCUGGAGCUAUCUUUGGAUGGGGACGCAACAAAUUUGGUCAGCUAGGUCUUAAUGAUGAAAAUGAUAGGUAUGUUCCUAAUUUACUAAAGUCACUAAGAUCUCAGAAAAUAGUUUAUAUUUGUUGUGGAGAAGAUCAUACUGCUGCUCUAACCAAGGAAGGUGGAGUGUUUACUUUUGGAGCUGGAGGGUAUGGUCAGUUGGGCCAUAAUUCUACCAGUCAUGAAAUAAACCCAAGGAAAGUUUUUGAACUUAUGGGAAGCAUUGUCACUCAGAUUGCUUGUGGACGGCAGCACACUUCUGCUUUUGUUCCUUCAUCAGGACGAAUUUACUCUUUUGGGCUUGGUGGUAAUGGGCAGCUGGGAACCGGUUCAACAAGCAACAGGAAAAGUCCCUUUACCGUAAAAGGAAAUUGGUACCCUUAUAAUGGGCAAUGUCUACCAGAUAUUGAUUCUGAAGAAUAUUUCUGUGUAAAAAGAAUUUUCUCAGGGGGAGAUCAAAGCUUUUCACAUUACUCUAGUCCCCAGAACUGUGGGCCACCAGAUGACUUCAGAUGUCCCGAUCCUACAAAGCAGAUCUGGACAGUGAAUGAAGCUCUAAUUCAGAAAUGGCUGAGCUAUCCUUCUGGAAGGUUUCCUGUGGAGAUAGCCAAUGAGAUAGAUGGAACGUUUUCUUCCUCUGGUUGCCUAAAUGGAAGUUUUUUAGCUGUUAGCAAUGAUGAUCACUAUAGAACAGGUACCAGAUUUUCAGGGGUUGAUAUGAAUGCUGCUAGGCUUUUAUUCCACAAACUUAUACAACCUGAUCAUCCGCAGAUAUCUCAGCAGGUGGCAGCUAGUUUGGAAAAGAAUCUUAUUCCUAAACUGACUAGCUCCUUACCUGAUGUUGAAGCAUUGAGGUUUUAUCUUACUCUACCAGAAUGUCCCCUGAUGAGUGAUUCCAACAAUUUCACAACAAUAGCAAUUCCCUUUGGUACAGCUCUUGUGAACCUAGAAAAGGCACCACUGAAAGUACUUGAAAACUGGUGGUCAGUACUUGAACCUCCACUAUUCCUCAAGAUAGUAGAACUUUUUAAGGAAGUUGUGGUACGUCUUUUGAAACUCUACAAGAUCGGUAUUCCCCCUUCUGAAAGAAGAAUUUUCAACAGUUUUCUUCAUACUGCAUUAAAGGUUUUAGAAAUACUACAUAGGGUAAAUGAGAAAACGGGACAGAUUAUACAGUAUGAUAAAUUUUAUAUACAUGAAGUACAAGAAUUGAUAGACAUAAGAAAUGAUUAUAUCAACUGGGUCCAACAGCAGGCCUAUGGAAUGGAUGUCAACCAUGGAUUAACUGAGUUGGCAGAUAUCCCUGUUACAAUCUGUACAUAUCCAUUUGUAUUUGAUGCCCAAGCAAAAACUACUCUGUUACAGACCGAUGCAGUCUUACAGAUGCAGAUGGCUAUUGAUCAGGCCCACAGGCAGAAUGUCUCCUCUCUUUUUCUCCCAGUGAUUGAAUCUGUGAAUCCCUGCUUAAUUCUAGUGGUGCGUAGAGAAAAUAUUGUAGGAGAUGCAAUGGAAGUCCUUAGGAAAACAAAGAACAUAGAUUACAAGAAGCCACUCAAGGUUAUAUUUGUUGGAGAAGAUGCUGUGGAUGCAGGAGGGGUGCGCAAAGAAUUUUUCUUGCUCAUCAUGAGGGAAUUAUUGGAUCCUAAAUAUGGCAUGUUUAGGUAUUAUGAAGAUUCCAGGCUCAUUUGGUUUUCUGAUAAGACAUUUGAAGACAGUGAUUUGUUCCAUUUGAUUGGUGUUAUCUGUGGCUUAGCAAUUUAUAAUUUUACCAUUGUGGACCUGCAUUUUCCUUUGGCUUUAUAUAAGAAACUACUGAAAAAGAAGCCAUCCUUGGAUGAUUUGAAAGAACUAAUGCCUGAUGUUGGGAGAAGCAUGCAACAGUUACUGGAUUAUCCAGAAGAUGACAUAGAGGAAACAUUUUGUCUUAAUUUUACGAUCACAGUUGAAAACUUUGGUGCAACAGAAGUGAAAGAGCUGGUUCUAAAUGGUGCAGACACAGCUGUUAACAAACAAAAUCGGCAAGAGUUUGUUGAUGCUUAUGUGGAUUACAUAUUCAAUAAGUCAGUGGCUUCCUUAUUUGAUGCUUUUCAUGCGGGCUUUCAUAAGGUCUGUGGAGGAAAAGUCCUUCUGCUCUUUCAGCCUAAUGAACUACAAGCAAUGGUCAUUGGAAAUACAAAUUAUGAUUGGAAGGAACUGGAAAAGAAUACAGAAUACAAAGGGGAAUAUUGGGCAGAACAUCCUACAAUAAAAAUUUUUUGGGAAGUAUUUCAUGAAUUACCAUUGGAAAAGAAGAAACAGUUUCUGUUAUUUUUGACAGGUAGUGAUCGCAUUCCUAUUCUUGGUAUGAAGAGUCUGAAACUAGUCAUCCAGUCCACAGGAGGUGGUGAGGAAUAUCUCCCAGUUUCCCAUACUUGUUUUAAUCUUCUGGAUCUUCCAAAAUAUACAGAAAAAGAAACUCUACGCUCUAAACUGAUCCAAGCUAUUGAUCACAAUGAAGGCUUCAGUUUAAUAUAACUUUGGAGUUAAAACUAUUCAGUUUAGUGCAAAAGCAUUAAACUAUUUGUGUUCUUCUUGUGGUGAUGAAUUCAGCAAGGUGACAGAGGUACUGUUAUAAUUCUUACUUGCAGAAUGUUCAAUCUACGAGUGUUCAUGGAAGCCAAAAAAUAUUAAAGGAAAAUGAACAAACUGUUAAUAUUAUUGUACAGAACCAUGGAUUUUUUUUGACCAUCUUCCAAUAAACAUAGCAAGUAUUGUGAAUACAUUAAAGUUUUACUAACAUGAGUUUUAAGAGUUUGCAUAUUUCGGAAAUGAUCUGGUAUGAGUGCAUGGAAAUAUUGCUUAAUUUUUCUUCAAUCAUUGAGUGAAAAACCUUUAACUUUGGCCUGCAAUAGUCAUUUGAUUAUUUUUUCAUUUGUAAAUAAUGUUAAGUUUUGUAAUAAAAUAGUUAUGUUCUGAUACCAGUACAGUUUCUAUGGUUGUAAUUGAACUUGAACAGACUUUUAAAGGUUAAAAAUUAUGAUUUAAAUCUUACUCUGAGAAUCUAUAAAAAGAAAAAAAAGGUAGCAUGGUGGAAACACGAUGUUUUCUUUUUUGCUAGAAUAAGUGUCUUUGUGCAAACCUAAAUCACAAAUAGGGAAUAUACUACAUAACCUGCAGCUCUUUUCUCUUUUGUGAAUCCUGACACGCUGAUAGAUGGGGGAUUAUUGAUCAGAGAACUUAUUAAUAUUUAGUACUGGAAGAACUCUGUCUCCACAGUUGCCAGUAAUAGAAAGAAACAUUGGCUACUAUGAGCACCAAUCACUGGGUUAUAGCUUUCAAAAUUAUUGAUGCUGCAGUGCUUUAGAGCUAUUUCCUUGAAUUUAAAAAACAAAUCUUAACAGUUCUAUGGUGCUGAUGCUUAGUUAUCUCAUGCCAUUAAAUUGUAAAAGUGAGUUGAUGCAAUACAUGUGACUUUCUGCUAUAAUGCAAAUAUUUAUUUUUUAAAUUUAUUUUAAAAUGCCGUGAAACUGUUUAAUAAAGAUUUAUUGUUUUAAUAUUUAAA